AUGCCAACUCAGGCGAAUCUUCUGGCGAGUCGGAAAUCCCGGUCUGCAAUCACAAGUCUUAGCAGUCAGCUCGCCAGAUCUAUUUCUCAGGGUGAUCACGGAUGGCACCAUUGUAUACUGCGUGAUGCCAACACGUGCACACGCUUUCCCUCAAGUCUCCGACAUAAGAAUCCUCCGGCUUCACGCGUCCACAGCCCCGGUCCGCUGAAAACAUACAAAGUACGACCAUUUUCCACAACCGUUCGCACACAGGGUGCGUGGGAUGAUGAAGAGGAAGUGGUCUCAACUCCCAAAAAAAAGCCUUUGCGCUUCGUAGAACCGAAAAGCCACUCUUCUCGUGGGCCUCCUGUUCAUCGCGAUGUAGGUAGCUUGCUUCGGGCGCAAUUUUAUGCCAAACAAAAUCAGCUUAAGGCCAAAGAAUUAUCGAGACAACAUGCAAUGCUCGAGAAGGCUUUCAACAACCUCCCUUCAGUCGAUCAGUAUAUCGAUGUGUUCUUGAUGUUGAAGUAUUUCGACUUCGAGGUCAUGAUUCAGUACAUCGAUCGCGAAUGUGAACGGUAUCAAGCUAUGUUCAAGACCCUCUUAUCCUGGGAAAACAAGCGAAUUCUCGCCAUAACCUCAUCAGUCGAAGAUUCAGUCCUCCGGGCCGAGGAAACUACUCAGAAACUGGUUGCUGAAUGGGAGGGGUUGUCAUUCUCCAUCUUGAACCGCCUAGCCACCGAGGUCUUGCAGAUCACAGACAGAGUUGUGCAAGCGGAAAGUGUCACUCAAGAAUAUGUGGCUGCAGUGACAGACUUGUCAUACAAAGUGAGACUCAGUCAGGUGGAUAUUGCUGUCACAGAGGCAGAAAAAGCCGUACGGUUGAUGGAUCAUGAUUUCUGUCUCGUCGUUUUCUUUGGGACUCCAGAAUUAACCCAAAAAGUGGAAGAACUAGACCGCAAUCUUGUACACUGGCAGCGUGAGCUUCUGAAUAUUGCUACUUCUCUUUUAACGCACCAAGUAAACAUCUCUCGGCUAUCUAUCCACGACAUGGAAGACACAAUCCAAGAUGGAUUUUUGAAACCUCGGCAAUCUGCAAGAAGACGAAUCGAUGAAAUCACUAUUGCAUUCGACAAAAUCCAUCAAGAUUACAAACAAUUACAGGCGAAAGCCAACGCGGUGUUAGACGGACGAGUCCACAUCCUUUGUACGGAACUCUCUUAUGACCCUGAUCUUUCCCACAGACAGAGAUCCAAGUUGGGUCAGCUUGGUCGUGCCAUGUCCCUUACCCGGAACUCCCUUAUGGCGGCCUUGCAUUCUCACCGUUCUGCCUGGCGAAAAAGGGUCAUGCAGAGUCACUCACUCCGAAAAGCUCAACUAUGGGAAUUGAGUGAUCUUUCAAAGGUCUACCGGAUGCACAACAAUAACAAUAGUAACGGUCGUGAAAGGCUGUUUGAAGCUUUUGCGCUGGGCCCUCGACAUGGCGGAAAGCUUGCUCAGCAUUUGGCGGAAAACUCCCGCGACAUGGCUUCCGCCCUUCGUUCCAUAUACCUGCCGCGCUACCGGCGCCUACCAGCACGCAGCCCUCGGCAGAACUUUUACUGGCAACAGCUAGAUGUAGUUUGGCCGAUGUAUCAUCUCGAUACCUUAUGCUGGCUGCUGAGCAGUGAAGUUUGGUACCUUCAACACACCCUCAAGGGAAGUUGCGGGCCCUUAUGGGAGGGUAUUCCCGCUAUAGACAGGCGGUUUUCGGCCACGAAGAUGGCCGAGUGGAACUUCAAGUUUCAAGUCCAUCGCAAUGAGCUUAGACAAGAGCUUGGCGAAUUUUAUAACAUCAACUGGAUGCGCCUUCAGUCAGAGAGCAAGCUGUACGCCAUGGGCGAACGCGCUUACCUGAGUGGAAGAUUUGAAGUUCCAAAUCCAAUGAGCCAAGACCGAGAACGUUUCAAAGAAUGGGCCAUGCACUUUGCUCGCAUUUGCUCGGAAGCGUGGAUUAACAGCUUUGCCCUGUAUCAGUCACCCGAAUUCUGGAACCGUCUCUAUCAGAAGUUAGAGGCUAACAGGAAAGCGGACAACGACCUUGGCCAAGGGCACCUUCUCGCAGAAUUUGGCUCUGAACCUGUCCGCAAGAAGGCAGUCGCUACUCCCCCACUACCUCGGACUGGCUCUUUCAAAACAACCAAACGGUCAAAGUUUGUUCGUUCAAGGAAAUCGAACGCGCCACGUAAGACACAGGGCAAAGGUGCUGCAGCUCCGCCGAAUGCGCAACCCGAAGCUGUUUCCAAACAGAGCGAAGCUCUUCCUCUCGCCGACCAGAAGUUCCAGACGAAGAUUCAGGGUACUGGCAGGCCUUGGUGGAUGCGUUCGAGGGAAACAGGAAAAACACGCACGACCAACCCCGAAGUCGUCACUCCAGAACCUAAGAAUGCCCCAAUUUCUUCGAACCAAAACAAGGCCUCACAACCUUGGACCAUGGCUCAAAAGAUUCAAGAGAUUUUCGGGUUCUCGAAUGACCUUAAUGUCCAUCAGCCUUCGCUCACAAAAACACCUUCACAGCCAACUGAAGAUGCCAGCCUUGACAUGGCGGAAUCUGAACCGUCCGCUAAAAGUAAAAGAUUCCAGAAUAUGUUUACUGGAAGAUCAUAUUCCUCGCCUUCGGUGGAACUUAAAGACGAUCCCCCAGGCCCCAAAGACGAUCUUCCAGAUAAAACGUCACCACACCAACCAUAUCCACAAAACUUGCCAGGGACAACGGCGUUGACCAAGGCUGGGAUAAGAAGACGACGCAGAAGAGAACAAAGGAGAAACGCCACGGACUAUUAUAGUCUUCCGCAAAGCGAUGGUGUCAGCGAGAGCUCCCUACCCAAGCAGUCACUUGAGCAUGACAUUUCCCCAAUCACGCCUACCAAAAUCGAGAGCCCACCUUCAGGGGAACCGAGUGACGAUCUCCCAGGUAAAUGGCCACCACACCAGCCAUACUCACAAAGCUUGCCAGGAAUGGGAACGUCCAAGUAUGCGAUAAAACGACGACUCGGAAAACAAAGCAGGAGCAAAACCACGGACCCAAUCUCCUAUCACAGUCUUCCGCAAAGCAGCGGUGUCAGCGAGGGCUCCCUACCCAAGCAGUCACUUGAGCAUGACAUUUCCCCAAUCAUUCCUACCAAAAUCGAUAGCCGACCUUCAGGGGAACCCAGUGACAUUUUCCCAGGUCAAACACCAGCCAACGGACUACAAUUACAAAGCCGGCCUGGAAAAGCAAUAUCCAAGCAAGCGAGACGACGACGAUUACUCAGAAGUGUUUUUGGUAGAAGCUAUACCACCGACGCAAGCUCCUACCAAACAAGUUUUCGGCACUGCAGCGGUGUCAGCAAUGGUUCCCUACCCGAGCAGUCACUCGAGCAUGCCAUUUCCCCAAUCCCGCUUACCAAGGGCCAUGGCUCGGAAUCACUUGAUAAGGCGUCCCUGGAUGAAACGGUACCAGCAUCGGACAUCGAUCUCAAUGUUAGCGUCUCCGCAGCACCCAAGUUCUGGAGCCACAGCUCACAGCAGAGCCCAGGCGGCGAAAAGCUCAUCGUGCAUUACUGCCGUACUCUCCAUAACACCGAGGAAAUUGCCCAGCACUUCCUCGACAGCAAGGUUCUCGGAUUUGACAUGGAAUGGAAAUCUUCAGCGUCUGCCUGGGACAGUAUCCAAAACAAUGUCUCGGUGAUUCAAAUUGCAAACGAGGAGCGCAUCGCUAUUUUCCAAAUUGCGUCGUUCAAGCCCUCGCGGUCUUUGAAAGAUCUUGUUUCCCCGACACUGAAACGGAUCAUUGAAUCUCCUGAUAUCACUAAAGUGGGUGUGUCAAUCAAGGCAGACUGCACACGGCUGCGAAAGUAUCUCGCUAUUGAUGCGAAGGCAACAUUUGAGCUGAGUCACCUGUUCAAGCUGGUAAAGUACGGCCAGGAAAACCCCAAACUGGUGAACAAGCGAGGCGUCAACCUCAGCGAGCAAAUGGAAGAGCAUUUCGGUCUACCUCUUGAAAAGAAUGAGGAUGUGCGUUGUGGCGAUUGGGCUCGGGCUUUGAGCUAUCGCCAGGUUCAAUAUGCUGCUACUGAUCCUUAUGCCUGUAUUCGCCUCUUCAAUGCCAUGGAGGCAAAGAGACUGGCCAUGGAUCCUGUGCCACCUCGUCCUGCAUUCGCUGAACUUAAUAGGCCAAUCAUUCUUCCUCUUGGACAGGCUGUUAAUAGUGAGGACAAGGAGCCACCGCUCUGA